CGAAAGAACCGAGACAUCUCACCCAAAACAAGAUAACAAAGUCACAAGAAUCAGCCUAAAGAGAAACUCCCAUCCCAUUCAUGCUCACGUCAGACUCUGAUCCAACGGCUCGUCCCAAGCCCUCGCUCGCAGAGGCACCUGAGCCAUCUGAAGCACCCGCUGCUGCCUCGUCCUCCAAUCCCCAGACCCGUCCGCAGGAGCGAUCUGGGCCGCCGUCUCACUUUCUCAAGCGUCCCAGCUCGGCCUCCUCGAUCUUGAGUCAGAUGCACAACGACAAGCUGGGCGCUCGUGCCCAUCUCGAUCCUUCUCGCCUCGAGCUAUCAGACCUACUCGGGCGAGCCGUCCACCGCCCAACGCCCAGAUCCACUGCCGGAAAAUUGCCUUUCCGCCCCAGUUCCAGGGCUUCAGAGCCCCCCGCAUCAACUCGAGACGAUCUCGACUCGCAGGACGACAGGGCCGCCGCUGAUGGAGACUCUGUCGACGAAGAAAGCACCAUUCCCACGAUCCGCUGCCUGGAGGAUCUGCUCGAGAUGGAUCCCAAAGGCAUCGCGUUGCUCGAGAAGAGACAGGACGCUAGGCUCAAGAAUGUCGCUGCCAAGCUCAAGCAUGUUCAAACCAACCUUGGGAGAGACUCGAGCAGCACCCUCACGCCUCUCAAGGAAAUCUUCUCGCCCUGUCCUGGACUUACCGACGGCAAUGGUGCAGCAGCAGCAGCAAGCGCCAACGAGCCCGCCGCUGAUGCCGACUCCUCGGAGAGUCUUGUCUUCCAAGACUAUCCUCUGGAUGCCCUGCUCGACUCGAUCGAGCGUCUCCACGGUGCUACCACUGACAAGGAAGAGGAGCUUAUAUCGUCGUCGCCGUACAAAUCAACCCAGGAGGCUCUCGAGCAGAUGAAGGAGCUUCAGAUGAUUCAAGCUACUCGCCAGGCCCAGCUCGCCAAGCUGCUCGAGCUCCGAGAUCACCAUGAGCGCGAAAGACAGGCUAAGCUGGAGCAGCUCCGAGAGCUGGAGCAGCGCAAGAAUGAGCUUAUGAAGCUGCGCUCGCAGUUGGCCAUGCUUGAGCACCUCAAGGGCUCAAGCGACCGCUCCGAUCCUGCCCAAGGAGAUUCGGGCCCACCCAAGACCACACAGCUGGAAACCCCAGCAGUGGCCUCGACUGGAGGCGAGGCUUCUUCAGAGCAAGUCGCCUCCGACAAGAUGAGCUCCACAACUCAUAAUGUAUCCAUCUGCCACGAGCAAUGCCAGGACCAGGACGGCCACCACCAAUCCCGCCGCACCAUCGUCCGAACCACUCUGGCGCAAGAUUCCACAGGCAACAUUGUCGAGCUGGUCGAGUCCCGGGAGAGUACCCUCCAUGCAACCACUCUCGAGGAUGUUGGAGUCGGGUCUGCAGCUGUCCAGGUCGAGUCGUCUCACACCAGCACCGUCAUCGAGGAGGUCCGUGAGCGUCUUGUGCAGAUCAAUGAACAAGCGCUGGAGGGUACUGAAGCGACAUCGAGAGCACAAGAUGUACAAGCCAGCGACGAGCCACAAGCGUCUCAAGAGGACGAAGACGAGGUGAUCAGCUUCGAAGAGCAUGAUGCCUUUGAGCAGCUUCUAAUGCUCAAACAGCAAGAAGACGAGAUGGGGCGUCUGCGCGAGCAGCUGACCAAGCUGAGAAACCUCAAGGCCGAGCUUGAGAGCAAGCAGUGCCUCCUCUCGCAACUCGACGAGUCCAUGCAACUCAGCGCCUAUGAACAGGACUCCCCUAUCCUUGGUACCCAUCGCUCUCAAGCGGCCACCAAGCCGCCUGUCUAUUCAUGUGCCGAUGGAGCCUGUGGCUCGGACUGCGAUCGCGAAACCGACCCCGUCGAGUCUGUCUCAAUCGACCUGCUCUCGUGUACUCUGAACGACAUUGAGAAUGAGCUUGAAGCCAUCGAGGACCGUCACGAGGCCCGCAUGCUGCGGCGCCGCGAGAGAUUCGAUGCCGAGCCCGCGGGCUGUUUGUCCUUGCGAAGAGUCUCUGUCGACGACCAUGCCACCUUGACGGAGCACAAAGACCAGGACGAUGCGUUGAGGGCAAGGCUCAAUGUUAAUCGAGAGCAUGAUGAAGUGAGCCUCGAUGACUUGAUGCGCCGCCUCUAUGAGGCCUCUGUUAAGGACCCUCAGUUCAUGGAGGACCUCACUCGCUCGAAGGCCCAUGGAAUCGUGAGACCGACUGCACUUGAGGAUGAAGGCGAUGAGAGCAAGGAGAACAUUGACUUUGCAACCAGAGGCCGCCCUUCGAUCAAAUUUGCCUGGGAGCUCUACGGCGGAGAGGAAGAGGAAGAAGAAGAGGACGAGAGCGACGAUAGCCAAGAUUCACCUGGCAGCCGAAAGCCCGUGGGUGAUAGCGAAAUAGUGAACGAUGAUGCUGUCGAAGCCGAGGAGAGGAUCGAAGAAGAGAUUGAAGACGACGGCGAGAGCGGGGAUGAAGUCAGCGACAGAGACAACAUUGUAGGCUCCUUGUUUGGUCGCGAUCCAAAGAGACAAUUCCCAAGCAGCUUUGAGAUCAGCGCCAGGGAGCGCAAGCGACUCAAAGAAUCCCAAGAGCUCCGCUCGGGCAUGCUUAACGCAAGACGCAGUGACAUCGAGACCCAGACAUCUCCAUUCGAAGAUGGGCGUGCGUAUGCCGACGUUCAGGGUUCCCAAGACGAGAGCGAAAACGAGAGCGAAGGCGAUGACGAUGAGGAUGACAAUGACGAUGACGCCGAUAAUCAAGUCGAGGGCGAUGAGGGUGCGCGUCAGAAUGUCGACGAUGUCGACGAUGACGACGACGACGACGGUAUCCUUGACGGCAUGCUGGAUGAAGCGUCGCUUGCAGAAACGCGAUCAAAGGUGACCGAAGGCAUCGAGCAAGUCAUCGGCCAUCUCCAGACGUUGAGACUCGUCAUGAGGGCCGAGGAUUUCCCGCCUGGGCAGCAGGGUAGCUACAUGGCUCUGUACGAGCGUCUCCAAGCCCAGCUCAAGGAUCUCCGGAAUAUCAAAUCCAAGAUCGAUGUGGUGCAGUUUUAUAUGGAUCGACAAAAGAAGGUCGGACAAGGCUUGGGCAAGCUCGAGGACAUGUACCAGGGGCGGCGCGAUAAAGAUGGCCCAGAGCAGCGCGAAAACGACAGCGAUGUAGCAGACGCCAAAGUGCCUCGUGAUGAGCAGCCCCACGUGUCAGAUGCAGAAUCAGAUGCAGAGGACAACGAACCAAGUACAUAUGCUGCCGAGAUUCGAAAGGGGCUCGACAUCCGCAAGGCCGAAACCCAAAACAUUGGCGCAGUCGCUCCUGAGACCCAGGAGCUUCGCAGUGGCGAGGUUCAGAGUCUCUGGGUCAGCCUUGAUGAUGAGCCCGAGUCUGCAGAAACUGAAAAUGCCCCAGAGACAUCGAGAGAGACUCGAAUCGAGAACGAGGAAAACAUUGUCAAGAAGGGCUUUGAUUUCCAUCGGCGCCGAGUCGAACUCGAUAUGCAGAGCGGAGCCGUCAGAGAGCUCGACGGCACAUCCGAGCAUAGACUGUUUGAUCAGGUCAAGAGCGAGAUCCACCGCGACGCUGCCGCCGUCAUUGCCCAGUUCGACACGGAGCCGUACUUCCUCAUGAUGCUCUUCCGAAACUUGAAGAAGAUGGACUCGGUCUAUCUUCGACAGAGGCUUUUGCUUGCUCUCGACUCGAUUUUGGAGGAUCGCGAGAAUAUGAUGGAGCAGCCGUUGUCCCCGAGCGAGCAUCCAUCCCGCGGCAAGGCGCCGAUGGUGCGGUUCCAGGACGACCAGGCUCCGCCAAUUCAGGACACGGUCUCCUUUGACUUUGCGAGCCGACGAGCCAGCAAUAUCCAAGACCACAUCUACGAGUACAUUGAUCUGGUGGUCACGGACCCAUCCUAUCCGAUGAUUACCCGUGCCACACUCAAGACCAUCCAACAGUAUCUGUUGUCGCUUGAUCCAGAGGUGGAGCCGCAAAUGCCCGAACUUGCCAAGGAAAUGGAGGUGUUCGUGGGAAUGCCUGCCACCGACUGCGGCGAGGACAUGAAGGAAGUCAUCAUGGAUAUCAUUGGCAAAGCUGCACCCAAGCAGCAGGCUGAUUGAUUAGAGCUGGAAAGAAGCCAUGGCUGUGCCCUUGAUUCGAACGGCUGCUGUCGGGAACAACGGCGAUGGUUAAAAUUACUGCGAGCUGCUCGUAUGCCUCACGCCAUCAUUUUGCUCGAUUUGCUGCCGGGGAUUGGUUUUUACUCUGGUCCGCAAUAUGCGUGAAUGCAAACUCUACCCCAUUAUUUGGUAUUCGAUGGGAUGAUCCACAAUAAUACUCAGUCUUUCACUACA